AUGGUCUUUAGAAAAGGACUUGGUCUGCUGGCUGCUGCGCUGGCAGCUCAGACAUACGCAGCUUCGACCAGCCAGCCUCGUGACGACAAUGCCACUUGCAAGAAGACCACCGUCGCGAUUCUAGGUGGAGGAAUGGCAGGCGUAGCUGCAGCCCAAGCCUUGUCCAACUCCUCGAUGCAUGACUUUGUCAUCAUUGAAUAUCGUGACACCCUGGGUGGUCGCGUGAUGCAUACCGAAUUCGGCAGGGACCCUCAUGGUAAACCAUAUACCGUCGAGUUGGGAGCCAACUGGGUGCAGGGACUGGGAUCUCCUGGUGGUCCAGAAAAUCCCAUCUGGACUUUUGCUAAAAAGUGGGUGGUGAAAAACACUUUCUCCAAUUACAGUUCCAUUCUGACCUACAAUGAGACGGGUUAUACCGACUAUUCCUCCCUCUUGGAUGAAUAUUCGACUUCUUACGAUGAUGCAGCCGUCGCCGCGGGCGAUCUUCUCACAGAGAAUGGCCAAGACCAGACAGCUCGCACCGGCCUUGCUCUUGCCGGAUGGAGACCCAAGGUCGACGACAUGACGCGUCAGGCUGUGGAGUGGUGGGAGUGGGAAAAUGUCAGCGCUAAUCUCAGCUCUGGAUUGAAAGAUUGGGAGGACGCCUACUCUCCAGAAGAAAGCUCAUUCAUCUACGGAGUUGCUGGGUCCAACCUGACAUUCAACCAAUUCAGCGAUGAAAACAACUACGUAUGGGAUCAGCGUGGCUACAGCCGGAUCAUCGCCCAGGAAGCCUCCACUUUCCUCAAACCAAAUGAUCCGCGUGUACAGCUCAACUCCAUCGUCACCAACGUGACUUACUCCAAAGACGGCGUGACCAUCCACAAGCAGGACGGCAGCUGCGUCUCGGCCGCAUACGCCAUCUGCACCUUUUCCCUCGGCGUGCUGCAGAGCGACGCCGUCUCGUAUAGUCCACCCCUGCCCCAAUGGAAGCAAACGGCCAUCCAAAAGUUCAGCAUGGGCACAUACACCAAGGUCUUCCUCCAAUUCAACGAAACCUUCUGGCCACGCGAUACGCAAUUCUUCCUCUACGCCGACCCCACCCGUCGCGGCUACUAUCCCGUCUUCCAGUCCCUGUCCGCACCGGGCUUCAUCCCCGAAUCCAACAUCAUCUUCGUCACUGUCGUCUCGCAAGAAUCCUACCGCAUCGAGCGCCAAUCUGACGCGCAGACCCAACAGGAAGUCAUGGCCGUGCUCCGCAAAAUGUAUCCCGACCUGAAAAUCCCCGAACCCACCGCAUUCAUGUACCCGCGAUGGUCCACCACCCCCUGGUCCUACGGAAGUUACUCUAACUGGCCGCCCUCGACCACCCUCGAGAUGCACGAGAAUCUGCGCGCCAACGUCGACCGUCUCUGGUUCGCGGGCGAGGCGACCAGCGCGCAGUACUUUGGUUUCUUGCACGGGGCCUGGUAUGAGGGCCGCGAUGCCGGCGAGCGGAUUGCGGGUUUACUGGGCAAAAAGUGCGUGAUCCCGGGACAGUGCCAUGAGCGGGAAUACUGGGAGCGGUUGAAUGGAAGUUCGCCGCUGGCGGAUUAUAGUGUUCUUGAUGGGUGGGUGACAAAUAGCUUCUACUCGAGUUCCUGA